CCGCCGCCGCCGCCGCCGCCCUUCGCCGCCCCCAGGGCGCCCCCUGUGGCCAUCAAAAAGCCGCCCGCGCCCCCCAGGAGGUCGGAGAGCCCGGGCCAGGCGGGCGCGGAGCAGGACUUCAUGUCAGACCUCAUGAAGGCCCUGCAGAGGAAGAGGGGCCAGCUGUCCUAGUGGUCCCGACCACCGCGCGUGCCAAGCGUCCAGGCUGAAAACGGCGCGCAACGGCCACCGCCUCUGCUCACUGCGUCCCGGCCAGUAACCCGGGAGUCGGACUGGGACCAGGUGUACACCUGCCCGGGACUGUCGCCUGGACUGAACUCACUGCCCCUCAAGUUAACUAAAAUGAUGGUUCGGCUCUAUUGUAUAUUCAGAAGCCUCAAAUUAAUAAAAAUUGAACGUUUUCUGAAGAUGGUACUUAUAGAGAUUUCACUGAACAAAUUUUGUUCUGUAUGAAAACUAUAUUUGACUUUAUAAAAAUAACUUUCAAACUCUUA